AGCAGUGCGCGCUUCUGGUGGGACACACGCCACAUACUCCAGCGCGCAAACCCACCUGCCCCAUCCAGUCUGCUUUACUCAACCGGACGGUCACCAUCUUACAUCAACAUGGCCAAGAAACAUAACGUGAAGAAGUCAAAAAACAAAAAGGAGGAGAAUGGAGAUUUAAGUGAGAAAAAUGGAAAGGAAGAUGAUGAGGCUAAAGUGGAGAUGGUGGGGGCAAUAGAGAUAUUUCGCUAUGCAGAUGGUGUCGACAUUCUUCUGAUGCUGCUUGGCACAGUCAUGUCCAUGGCCAAUGGGGCAGUACUUCCUCUCAUGGUUAUUGUAUUCGGAGAUAUGACGAACAGCUUUGUAUCUGAUACAAUAAAAGAUAAUCUUAUAAACGUCACUCUUCCACCUGAUUUUACCCUUCCGCAAUUCAGUAAUAAGACUUUGGGGGAGGAAAUGACACAGCAUGCUAUAUACUACAGCAUCAUGGGAUUUGUAGUCCUGUUUGCGGCAUAUAUGCAAGUGGCAUUUUGGACUCUUGCAGCUGGACGUCAAGUAAAGAGACUUAGAAUCAAGUUCUUCCAUUGUAUCAUGAAACAGGAGAUCGGCUGGUUUGAUGUCAAUGAGACGGGGGAGCUGAACACACGUCUAACCGAUGACGUCUACAAAAUAAACGAAGGCAUCGGGGAUAAGCUUGGCAUGCUCAUUCAGUCUCUUACUACUUUUUUCACUGGUAUCAUAAUUGGCUUUGCCAAAGGCUGGAAGUUGACCCUCGUAAUCCUCGCCAUUAGCCCAUUACUCGGAAUAUCAGCUGCUAUCAUUUCAAAGGUAAUGACAUCAUUCACCUCAAAAGAGCAGACAGCCUAUGCCAAAGCUGGAGCAGUAGCAGAGGAAGUGCUGUCAUCCAUCAGAACUGUGUUUGCAUUCGGAGGACAGAAAAAAGAGAUAAAGAGGUAUGACAAAAACUUGGAGGAUGCCAAAAACGUGGGUAUCAGAAAGGCUAUCACCGUGAACAUUGCAAUGGGCUUUACGUUCUUCAUGAUCUAUAUGUCUUAUGCACUGGCCUUUUGGUAUGGCAGCACCCUUAUCCUGGCUAAAGAGUAUGAUGUUGGGAUGCUUUUAACAGUUUUUUUCUCCGUUCUGAUCGGAGCUUUUGGCAUUGGUCAGACAUCUCCGAACAUUCAGUCAUUCUCUAGUGCAAGAGGGGCCGCCCACAAAGUUUUCCAGAUCAUUGAUCAUGAACCCAGCAUUAACAGUUUCUCACAUGAAGGCUACAAACUCGAUGUGGUGAAAGGAAACAUAGAGUUCAAAAACAUUCACUUCAACUACCCAUCACGACAGGAUGUGAAAGUCUUAAAUGGCAUGAAUCUUAAAAUCAUGAAUGGACAGACAAUUGCUCUGGUUGGCAGCAGUGGGUGUGGAAAGAGCACGACAAUCCAGCUGCUACAACGCUUUUAUGACCCACAGGAAGGGACUGUGACAAUAGACGGUCAUGAUAUUCGCUCUCUGAACGUGCGAGGUCUGAGAGAAAUGAUCGGUGUGGUCAGUCAGGAACCGGUGCUGUUCGCCACCACCAUCGCAGAAAACAUCCGCUACGGCCGUCAAGACGUCACCCAGGAAGAGAUCGAGCAGGCGGCGCGUGAAGCCAACGCCUACAACUUUAUUAUGAAGCUCCCCAAUAAAUUUGAGACACUGGUCGGAGACCGAGGCACUCAGAUGAGCGGAGGACAGAAGCAGCGCAUCGCCAUCGCUCGAGCGCUUGUGCGGAACCCCAAAAUUCUUCUUCUCGAUGAGGCUACAUCUGCUCUGGAUGCUGAGAGUGAGACCAUCGUACAGGAAGCUUUAGAUAAAGUGAGGCUGGGCAGGACCACCAUCAUAGUGGCUCAUCGACUGUCCACUAUUCGAAACGCUGAUGUCAUCGCUGGUUUCCAGAAUGGUGAAAUUGUAGAACUGGGCACACAUGAUGAACUGAUGGAGAGGAAAGGAAUCUACAACUCACUAGUUACAAUGCAGUCAUUUAAAAGUUUAGAGGGAGCAGAGCUGAGCAAAGAGGAGAUGACUAUGGAUGAGUUGAGUCCAUCUGUGAGCUCUUUGAAAGAGCACACACUUUUCAGACAGAAAUCCCAAAGCGCUUCAGAGAAAGACACACAGGAUGAAGAGAAACAGCAGGAUGAGAAAGUUAAAAGCGUCUCCUUUCUGAUGGUUUUGAAACUGAAUAAACCUGAAUGGCUGUACAUAGUGGUUGGAGUCUUCUGUGCCAUCAUCAACGGAGCCAUGCAGCCUGCAUUCGCUGUCAUCUUCUCUAAAAUCAUUGCUGUUUUUGCUGAGAUCGAUCCGAAUGUUGUAAGGCAGAGAUGUGACAUGUAUGCUUUGCUGUUCGCGGGCAUUGGAGUCCUUUCUUUUUUCACUUUGUUUUUACAGGGUUUCUGUUUUGGGAAAGCUGGCGAGAUUCUGACUAUGAGAUUGAGGUCUAGAGCCUUCAAUGCUAUGAUGAGACAGGACCUGAGCUGGUAUGAUGACAGUAAGAACAGUGUGGGUGCUCUGACCACCAGAUUGGCUGCAGAUACGGCUCAAGUGCAGGGCGCCACUGGCGUGAGAUUGGCAACACUGGCACAGAACGUGGCCAACCUGGGCACCUCCAUCAUCAUCUCAUUUGUGUACGGCUGGCAGUUAACCCUCCUCAUUCUUUCCAUCGUUCCAAUCAUGGCUGUGGCUGGAGCGAUUCAGAUGAAGUUACUAGCGGGACAUGCUCUCAAAGACAAGAAGGAGCUUGAGCAAGCCGGAAAGGUAGCAACAGAAGCUAUUGAGAAUAUCCGUACUGUGGUUUCUUUGACAAGAGAGAGCAAAUUUGAGAGUCUGUACCAGGAGAACUUAGUCGUCCCCUAUAGGAACUCGAAGAAAAAAGCACAUGUUUUUGGCCUGACAUUCUCUUUCUCUCAAGCGAUGAUCUAUUUUGCCUAUGCUGGCUGUUUCAAGUUCGGUUCUUGGCUCAUUGAACAAAAGCUGAUGACCUUUGAGGGCGUCUUUCUUGUAAUCUCAGCAGUGGUGUAUGGAGCAAUGGCUGUGGGAGAAGCAAACUCCUUUACUCCAAACUACGCCAAAGCCAAGAUGUCCGCCUCUCACGUCCUGAUGCUCAUCAACAGAGUCCCGGCCAUCGACAACGCCUCAGAGGACGGGGACAAACCGGAUCAUUUUGAAGGCAACGUGAGUUUCGAAGACGUGCUUUUUAACUACCCGUCGCGGCCGGAUGUGCCAGUGCUUCAGGGUCUGAGCCUCAGAGUGAAAAAGGGUCAGACUCUCGCCCUGGUGGGCAGCAGUGGUUGUGGCAAAAGCACAACUAUUCAGCUACUGGAGAGAUUUUAUGACCCUCAACAUGGCAAAGUGAUGCUGGAUGACAGUAGCACAAAGCGGCUGAACAUCCAUUGGCUGCGUUCUCAGAUAGGUAUCGUCUCCCAGGAGCCUGUGUUGUUCGACUGCAGUCUGGCAGAGAACAUUGCAUAUGGUGACAACAGCCGAGAAGUCUUGCAGGAAGAGAUUGAACAGGCCGCUAAAGCCGCUAAUAUCCACUCAUUUAUAGAGGGGCUGCCACAGAAAUACCUGACACAGGCAGGAGAUAAGGGUACUCAGCUCUCGGGAGGACAGAAACAACGUAUUGCCAUAGCAAGAGCCAUCCUCCGAAACCCCAAAGUCUUGCUGCUGGAUGAAGCCACGUCUGCUCUCGACACGGAGAGUGAGAAGAUAGUACAGGAUGCUCUCGACAAGGCACGUGAGGGCCGGACCUGCAUCAUCAUAGCCCACCGGCUAUCCACUAUCCAGAACGCCGACCGGAUAGCCGUGAUUCAAAACGGGGUUUUAGUAGAAAAGGGCACACACCAGCAGCUCCUCAACCAGCAGGGGGCAUACUACACCCUUGUUACCUCUCAGAUGGGUUACUGAUAAAGGCAGUGCAUAGGUCUAGAAAAACUAGAAAACAUUCCAUGAAAAUGUCCUCCCAUGUGUUGUCCAGUCUUUACACUUGAACAGUUUUAUAUUUUAUUUGUUCUGUUCAAUGAAGUGGCAUUUAAAACCAAAAACUGGCAACUCUGAAAAAGAUGUUUAACUGCUGUUUGAAGUUAGUCAAGUAUGUGUCGUAGUUUCCAGGUUUUGUUCUGCAAGCAUACAGUAAUAUAUAUCCACCUUACUGCUUUCUUGUUGCUCAUUUAAAUGUAUUAGUAAAUAACAAUUAUUAUUGUUCUAUGUCAACAUUACUAAGCACUACCAUAUCAUUUCCAGGUUACUGUUUGUGUACAAGAGUAACAGUUUUUCUUUUGCAACAAUGCGCGUUUUUGUGUAUAUGUACAGUAAUUUAUAUGUGCACAAAAUCAGUGUCUAAUACUUCAAAGGUUAUCCAGGUUUCUCAUUGGUGAAGAACGUUACUGUUCCGUGCAUGACAAGAUGAUCAGAGUUUCUGUUUUGAUGAUUGUAUUCAGUGGUCUGUCCUGUGUGUGGUACCCUGAUAAUAUUUAUCAAACUAACAAAAGCCUAUUUAAUUAUGUCUUGCGAUGGGACUGUUUUCUGGCACACAAAUGUUUAUGCUGACUACAAGUUUUCUUGAAUAAAGUUUCUCAUUUUUGAUAGCCACUUAGGUAUUAUAAUACACUUUAAAACUGUUUGGAAUAUUUCAUAAAAUAAUCUGAU